AUGACUUGAUAAAAUUUGGCUGUCAGUGCAUUAUUGAUGAAAGUUAUUAAGAAUGGCUGAUGUACGAUUACUUAUACAAGAAGAAGGUCGGGCAGCUAGAAAUUUGAUAGCUUUCAAUGUACCAGUUGGAACAAGUAAUACCGAGAAGGUGACUAAAAAACCACCUAGUGUGCCAAGAAUAUCACAAUCGAAUACAACUAAAAGAUCAAUGAAACCAACAACCAGAGUACGAUCAGCUUCUACUGGUCGAGAUAAAAAAUCUGAAUUACAGGCAAGAUAUUGGGCUUUUUUAUUUGGUAAUUUGCAAAGAGCUGUUGAUGGCAUUUACCAAACUUGUGAAGAAGAUGAAAAUAUUUCAGAAUGUAAAGAAGUGAUAUUAGUUUUAGAAAAUUAUACAAGAGAUUUUCAUAACUUGAUUGAAUGGUUUAAGGUAAAAUGGGCUUAUGAAAGUUCGCCACCACCCUUAAGGCGUACACCGUUAGCAUGGGAAGUUAGGAAAACAUCCCCUUGUCGCAUCUGGAAUUCAACAAUGAUUCCAAAAUCCACUAGUCCUUUGCAAAGAAUGAGUCCUACAGAAUCAAUGUGUCGAAGUCCUGUUGAUCAAAUUAUUUCCGAAAAUAAGGCUAUUACUAUUGAUGAUAAAGUAAAUUACAUGAAAACAGAACCUGCACACAAAUUGAUAAAAGAUAAUAAAAGUAAUGUUACUAGAAAUAAUUCAAAUUUGAGUGAAAAGUCUAAAAGUCCAACAGACAAAAUAACAAAUCAGUCAUUGAUUAAAGACAAACUAACUUCAAUAAAAGUAAAUAAAGCUCUUGUAAAACAUGUAGUAUCUGCAAAAACAAGUAGUAGUGUUGUAACAGAUCAGAAAACAAAUGAAGUUUCACCUCGUGAUCUGAAAAGUAAAUUGGACCCUAAAACUGUUUCAAAACCAGUUAAAAGUACAUUACACAAUAAUACCCUUAAAGUAACAGAUCCUAAUGUGAUAGUAGAGAAAAAUGAACAAGUAAUUCAGAAUGAUAAAAACAUGCAAUUAAUUACUUUUACAUCAACAGAAAAAGAACUUUCUAAAUCUGCUUGUGUGGAUAAUAAAUUGAAUGCUCAAAAUAAUUUGCAAGUAAAACCUCUAGGUCCUAAAAAUGAUUUGGAACUGGGAAAAAAUGAAAUUAACGCUAAAGUGAAAAAACAAAAUACUAAGAAGAGUAUUAAAUCUAUUGGUAUAGAAAAUGUAACAACUGAAAAUAAAUUAAUAGAAUCCAAUACUGUGGCAAAAGAAAAUAAUAGUGUCAUUGUAGUAAAUAAAACCAUACAGAAUGUUACAAAAGUUUCAAAUAAAGUUAAUCAAAAAUUAAAAGGACAGUCCAGUGCAAGUGAUAAUGUGAAUAAUAAAAUUGUGGCCAGAAAUGUAUCAGAUACGUCAUGCAACAGUACAAAUAAAGGAUUGCUUAAUAUACAUAAACCGGCAUAUUCUACAGUAUCACAAAUGAAGGCUACCAAAAUAAAACAAUCAACUCUCUCUGAAACUCCUAAAUUUAUUCGAAGUAAAACAACAUUAAGUGAUAAAAAUACAUCAACAUCAAAUAAAAUUAAACCUGGAACAUCCGUAAUAGUUAGACAGCGAUUUCAGACUCUUGAGAAUAAGAUUUCAGAGCAAAGUUCAUUGAGGAAAGAUCAGUGUAAUAAAGACAUAAAUGGUUCAGUAGAAGUAUUGACAAAACAAACAGUAACAGUAAAAACAAAAGAAGAAAAUGACGGUUGGCAAACUGUUCGAGGUCGUUGUAGAAGAGGAAGUACUCACAAUUUAGAUAUGUCUACAAGAUUUCAUAAACCAAGUACUGCUACAUCAUUACCAGCCUUAUCUAUUGAAAGCCCAUCAGAAAAAAAUAAGAAAAAAUGCUUGACACCAGAUGGCAAUGGUAAACAGAAAAAGAAAUGCAUUGUAGAAAAAGAAGGCAAGAACAUAUGUAACGAGGUAGAAAAGGUGAAGGGGGAAUCAGUUACAAGUCUUACCAUUAAAGAUAAGGUGGAAGAGGUUUUCAAGAAUACAAUUAAUUUGAAUGAAAUAAACUCUACAUCAAUGAUAGCAGCUAUUUUUAAAAGUGAUGCAGAAUUACUUGAGAAACGUAUACAACAAUUUAUGGCUGCACAAGCAGAAAGAGAAAGAAUAAUUUUAGAAGAAGAAAGAAAGACAGAAGAAGCUGAUUCUCAACGAUCGCAACAGCUAUCAGACGAGGAAGCAUCAUUGCAUAGGCAAAUUUUAGAAUUAGAAUGUACAGAAACUGAUGUUGAUACAGAAACUGAUGAAACUGAUGGUGAAAUGGUCCUUGAAAUAGAGGAUGAACAAGAAACAUCUCCUAUUGCAGUGCCUGAUGACAUCAGUUUAGGUUUAGAAGAUAGGUAUGAAAAUAUAUUAGAUGGAAUGUCUUGGGCAGAAUGUGUAGAUACCCUUGCUCAGUUACGUGCACUAGUAGCUCGUCACCCUGGUAGGGCUUUAGAAUUGCAUCAAAAGCUUUCAUCUCCAUCACGAAAAAGGUCAUUACCUGAGACACUACGAAGGUACCAAGCAAAACAAGCUUGUGCACAACACAAGCGUCAAAAACUGUUAAUGGAAAAGUCUCAAAGAUUACGGGAAUUGUUAAACAAAGUGAAAGACGUUAAGAGUGCAAAAAAUCAAUUGAUAGAAAACAAGAGAGUCAGAAUGGAAAUGAAAUUAAAGAGGGCAGAAGAAAACAGAACACAGCAUCUACUAGAGGUAGUAAGAAAAGCUCACGAUGAAGAUUCCAAGUUGAAGGAGAUUGCAUUCAUUAAUGAACUUGAAGCACAAAAUAAAAGGCACGAUUUCAUGGCGUUAUGUCAGGAACAAGAAGAAAGAUUACAAGGAAUUCAAGAAGAACGUCAACGUCGACAAGAAGAAAAAGCUGCCAAAGAAGCUGCAGCUGAAGAACGUAGACGUGCUUUAGAGGCAGAGAGGCAAUUACGUAUUCAGAAAAUGAAACAAGCUCGACGCGAACGUGAAGAACGAGUUGGUAAAAUGCAAUUAGAAAGAGAAAAAGAGCGUCAGGAACUUGCAAGAGAAAAAGCCAGAGAUCGAGAAGAACGUUUAUCAGCACUGCACGCAGCUCAAUUAGCAAAUCAAGAAGAAUUACAAAAGAAAAUAGCUCAGAAACAGCAAGAAUCAGCUAGGAGGCACGUUGAGAAUAUCGAACAGAUUCGACAAAGGGCAGUCGAAUCUUCGAUAUUGAGGUCAGAGGAAGUUCCACCUACCCUGAAAUCGUAUCCUACUCAGAAGCAAUGUUCUUUAUGCGGAACAGUUAUACCGAACGAAGUAUACCUAUUAAGCCAUUUGAAGGGAAAGACACAUCUAGAAGCUGUACGAAGUACGUAUGAUGGUCGGGAACCAUCCCGCGACGAAUUACAGCGUUUCAAUAUCUCGCAAAUUCGAGAUUUACCGAUUUCGGUUGUCGAUAAUAAUAAUUCAAACGAGAUUAAAGCUGCGAAAGAAAAGCAGAAAGCAUUAAAACGUCGAUGCAGAAAAAUGAAGCAGCGUAUGAUUUUACGCGGAAAAGAGUGGGAAGAUAAUCAUAAGGUCGAUAUAAAUCAGUCCAGUGAAUCAACAAACAAAGCGAAGUUUCGUCGAAAUUUGAAGGAAUUAGAUCGGUUAUACAAUAAUCACUCGAAAACUGCGUGGUCAAGCGUCGCCAUUGCUGCUUUGGAACGUUGUUUAGGUGAAAUAACAAGAGCUUUUUCAAAAUCGUGUCCGUUCGAUCAAAAUGCAUUUAAUGGUUUAAAUGGAUUUGAUGUUUUAACAAGUCUAAUUAGCCUGGGGUUACAAAUGCAAAAUGCAUCUCACAAUCUACCAAAUAAGAGUGUUGUUUCUGUGUGUCGAGUGUACAAGCUUAGUGUCAGCGGGAAUGACUCCAACAUUGAAGCCGUUUUGUCCAGCAACAAAAUUCUGGUCAUCCUAGAUCUUUUGCUUCAACAUUUAGAGACUCUGUCGAAGCUGGAUGACCAAGUUCAGGUACAGGAAGCGUCUGGUAACUCGAACGGAAGCGGAAUCGUAGCUAAUAGCCUGAUGCAAUUGCUGUGCAGUCUGAUCCCGGAGGAACCCUUUGAAAAAUCGUCGUUGCAGACGCGAGUCCAAGAUAUUUCCGGAUAUUUAGUGGCAGGUGGUUUAGUGGACCGUGUCCUCGGUCACAGUCGUGCCCUGAUCGAGACCGAUUUCUUCGUAGAUCAAGACCACGAAUCGACACUGUUGAUAUCCUCCUACGACCUACUCUUUCGCAUGUGUUGUCACUUGAAGAAGUCACCGAACCAAGAGACAGGCGGCGCUCAUGAAAAUAACAACAACGUAGAACAGACGAGCGUCGAGUCGCAUUUACUUUCGACUGUGUCCUCGACCGAAGCUGCAGGUGCGAUCGGUGGUCUUUACGCCGCGGUUGCAUUGAUCCCGCAGAACCAGAAAGGACUCUCGCCGACUCCAAAUCAAACCACGAUGUCCCAGUCGACGAGAAUUUUGGUCGUUCGAUGUCUGAGGCUACUCAAAUCGAUCGCAGAAGUGAACCUUCAAAGGCUGCAGAAUCUCUUAGGGGCUGAAGGCAUCAGCUUGCAAUGGCGACUGAUAGCUAGUCAUGUGAUAACCCGAUUAUCACGAGAUCCAAUAUCGCACAAGCCGGAAAUUGGAGCCUCGCAGAACACUAGCGGUACUUACAUCCUGUCAGAACUGUUCCAGGUUCUCGGGUAUUUUGCAGUUAACAACCCGGAAAAUCAGUUGACGUUACAAUCGGCUGGGGCCGGCCCAAGUGUUCUUCAGCAACUGUGUACUUUGCCGUUUCCAUUUUACGGAGCACCAGGAUUAACGUCGUACAUUUUCCCAACCCUUUUGGCGGCCACGCAUGAAAAUCCAGAGGCCACGGCAAUACUGUCUUGUGAAAUGUCUUAUCAGCUACUGGAGGAGUACAGGAACUCGGAUGACGGUAAGCUGAACCCUCUGGUACGUUUACUGAAGGACUCGACUAGUCCAUAAGCGUCCCCAAUCACAGCUCGAUUAGUGCACUUCAGUUUCUUCGAAUUUCUUCUUCGUACGUCGUGCGUUUCGUGGACGUUGUUGUAAUGAUAUGCAGGAACCAUUACUUAUAUUCCGUUCGAGGUGUUAGGAAUAUACGGUGGAAAAUUGUUAUUAGGUACGUCCAUCGUUAAUUGAAUUGCAAUUAUAUCUA